ACCAUCCUUGCUUGCGACCACUUGCUCUGUUAUUGGCGUCCCCAGCAGAUCAGUGUGCAGACCACUCAGAUUCAUUGAACUACGCUAAUCACACCACCACAAUCACUCGGGCUGUUGUCAUGGUCGCUAUCCUACCUCCGGUCUACUCUCUCUCUGCGGAGUGUCCCGUCAAAUGGACCGUUGCGCAAGAGCGUGCGCUGAACAGUGAUGCGCAAGGAUGCGGGAGUGGCCUUGGUACUACAGGUGCGGCUGCCUACGCAAGGAAAACAUAUCUGCGAUUUCUUUGGCUCCCUGAGUCAAUGAUGCCUCUUCGGGCCCUCGUCCCGUCUCUCUGGCGGAUCCAGUCGGACCCAUCCUCAUCCUCAUCCUUCCGCAGCAACUCACAUCCUCUGCAUGAGCUCCUUCGCCCGCUCCUCCUCACGCCCCGGUCUGCGUCGCAGAAGUACCACACUCGUCUCAACCAAAUGAUCGAAGAGGAAACCAGCGCGGGAGACGACGAAGAGCAAAUGGUGUGGCUCGCCUAUCGAAACGCAAAGGGUGACGCGGAGCUAGUGGAGCAGACGCAAGACGCGAGCGGCACCGUGAGCAUGUUCGAUGCAGAGGAGGCGUGGAAGGACCGGUGGCUAGCGAAGAUGGAACAGCGCGAAGUUCAGAUACAGAUCAUCCUCCAUUUCUUUCUCCUCUCCCUCCCAGGUGCCCCGUCACAGCUCCCCGAAGAACCACAGCCCGAGCUCCCGGCGUAUCUCUCGCCGUCCAAGAAGCGGAAGCGCAAACACAAGGUAGCCACGCCUCCGCCGCAGGGCCCUACCCUGGAGGAGUGCAUCGAGCUCUUCAUGGACAAGCUGUCGAUGUGGCAGCUCAUGUCCGCACUCGACGCGCAAGACGCACAACGGGACCGGGGAAACCCACACGCGAAGGGUAAGCAGAAAGCCGCAGACGAGCGGGACUGGAUGCAGGCCUUCUGCGAGGACAUUGUCGAGCCACGGUUCAAAACGAAGCUGCCCGAUCUGUGCAAGCUUCUGCGCUCGAAGGUGUUCCAGGACUCGUCCUUCACGGACGACCCGGACGACCUACUGUCCUCUCCGCCCGUGUCCCCGCGCCCCGCCGCUAAGCGCCUCAAGACGUCCGCUGCCUCCUCCCAACACACUUCUUUCUCGCGCACGCAGCCACGCACGAAGGAUGCACAGCCAGACCCGCGCGAGCUCCAGCGUGCACGCUCGCGCUCCCUGACAGUGACCCUCGAGCAGGAACGCGCGCGCUCGCGCUCGAUAAGCACCGGCCCGGGGAACGCCCUCCGGAAGCGCGCCAUCGUGCGCGAGGUGAGCAUGACCACGGCGUUCAAGAGCAAGGCGCAGGCCAAAGCGCGGGAGAAAGAACAGGCGACUGCGAAGGCCAGGGUAGCAGCGCAGAAGGAGAAGGCGAAGACGCUUACUGACGCCGGUGCGGCGAAGGCGCUCGCACGCACGAAGAGUAGCGUUAAGGGCGUUACGCUUGUCGAGGCGACGCCGGUGAAGCCUAAGGAGCGUUCUGGCCGGGGGGCGUCAGAGACUGAGGAGCAUGGUGAGAUGGAGGCGGGCGAGGGCGCUGCGCCGUUACCGAGGUGCGAGCUCGGGAACAUCGUGGAGGGCGACGAAGAUGAGGAUGAGUGGACGCUGCCAAGCUCGCCCGACAUCUUGCUGCUUGGAUCAGGCUCGGGCUCGGGCUCGCAUCUCACGAAUGCGAGUAGUCGUGUAUCCGACGACGACGACGACGACGACGACGACGUACUCGGUUGGAUGGCGAGGAAUACCCACCUAGUAACGGACACACCCACUAAGCCGAAACGUACGAAACAUUAGGGAGGUGUAUUCUCACGAUGCAAUAGAUUAAGGUGCCAGUCGCAUCCCGGUCAUCAUCCAUAGUGGUUAUGAGUUACAACACAAAUGAGUGCAUGUUACGCGCAUCCUGCGAGCGCCCGGUAAGGUGUUUUGCUAGAAUCUGAAGUGCCCCGCGAAGACCUGGCCGCAUCAACACAAAACAAUGGCU